AAACAGAAGUGUGAAAACCAGAAACCAAAAACCUUCAGAACAAGCUUGAGGAUCUCACAUUGCAUUUGGCUUUGAACUUCAGACAUAUAGGGCUUUGUUAUUGAAUUCUUAUGACUUUAAUGCUGAUUAGCAACGAUGUUGAACACCACAAGUGAUUCUCUGGACAUUGAAAUAUCCAGCGCAGCAUAUGAGUAUAACACGUACGACUAUGAUCAGUUAGGACCAUGUAUUUACAACAAAGCUGGAAAACAUUUUCUCCCGGUUCUCUACUCUCUGUUCUUCGUGGUCGGCUUCCUGGGCAACAUGCUGGUGUUGUGGGUGAUCCUGAGAGGAGCUCAGAUGAAAAGCAUGACUGACGUGUCUCUCCUGAACCUGGCCAUCGCUGACCUUCUUCUCAUCUUCACUCUCCCCUUCCUGGCUCACCAUGCUAGAGAUAACUGGGCCUUUGGUAAUGUCAUGUGCUGGCUGGUCCUCGGUGUGUACUACAUCGGAUUUUACGCAGGAAUUUUUUUUAUCGUGUUGAUGAGCAUCGACAGAUACUUGGCUAUCGUUCAUGCUGUGUUUGCCUUGAGAAUCCGAUCAAAAAUGUUUGGGAUUUUAGCUAGUGUGGGCAUCUGGAGUCUAGCUAUAGCAUCAUCAUUUCCUGAGCUUCUGCAUCUUGGACUUGAAAAUGGGCCAAAGCUAGUUUGUAAUGCUUAUCCGAAAAAUAGCAACCACAAUAUUGUUAGAACUACAGCUUUCCUAAAAAUGAACAUUUUGGGUCUGCUAAUUCCAUUGAUUAUUGUGGGAUUUUGCUACUCGAUGGUGCUCCGGAGGCUUCAGACCCUACGCUCUUCCAAGAAACUGGCCGUUCGUCUUGUUAUCGUAGUCAUGGUGGUCUUCUUCUGCUGUUGGAUGCCAUACAACAUUGCAGCACUCAUUAAAGCACUGGAGCUGAUGCAUAUCCUGAGUCCAUCUUGUAUAGAUAGCAACAGGAUUCAACUGUCAUUGCAAGCCACUGAAGCCAUAGCGUACAUGCACAGCUGCCUCAAUCCUUUCCUCUACGUGUUCGUGGGGGAAAAGUUCAGAAGGCAACUCUGCAGGCUCCUGAACCAGACCCCAUGCAUCCAUGUGCAGUGUGUGAAAGUCUACAUGACCCAGGCUGCCAGCUCAGUGAAUUCCCGUACCAUAAGUGUGGAUGAACGCUUUGUCAGCAUGAAUGCUGUAGGCACGUGAAAUUUUAUUCAACAAAUAAAUCUACUUAUAUAUCCUUAUAUAUAUAUAUAUAUAUAUAUCUAUGCUGAUAUAUUCCCUGCUUUUAGGUAAGUACAGAUUUAAAAAAAAAAGGGAUAAUAAACUGUAUGUUUCUUUUUUUUCCUGGGGUGAUCUUAUUGUAUCUGUAAACUAUAUGGCCAAAAUGUGUGAAUGUAGACAUUUGACCUUAACAUCACCAUGUACAUCUUGACUAUCUCCUUCCAAAUCCAUUACAGCGGUUCAGUUUGUGAUUCUUUCUCCGGGUGGAUUUUUUUUAGAUUUUGUAAGACGUACUCCAUUCACAUAUAAGAGCAUUAGUGUUGAAAGAGAACAGACGCUGAUGUCAAAUAAGAAAUCCUGUAAUGCAGUCAUUAAAAUAAAUGCCAAAUAAAGGCAUGUUAAUGGCUCUUAAUUCUUUGUGACAAGACCCAAAUAUAAAUGUUACUGGAUAAGCGCACAUCUAUAUUUGGGUCUUUCUUGCACUCUUGUCACAAAGAAUUAAGAAAGACCCAAAUAUAGAUGUUACUGGUUAAGUGCGCACAUCCUUUUGGCCUUUAUAGUGUAAGGAUUUAGUGUAUGAACUAUUUAAAGUAUACAUAACUGGACUGAAAUUGUUUUUUAGAUUAAAGCUUACUUCAUAUUUGCUUUUAACUAUGUGUACAUGCAGUCAAUAUUGCAUUUAAUUGUUUACAUUUACAUUUACAGCAUUUGGCAGACGCCCUUAUCCAGAGCGACGUACAUAAGUGCUUAAAUCUCUGACAUUGAAUACAUUAAUGCUGGAUCACUAAGUUACAUACUUAAGAUACCAUGAGUUUAAAACAUUUGUUCAGAGUUACAAUGAAAUGUACAAUGUUUAGAGUGUAAGGGGGGCACGGUGGCUUAGUGGUUAGCACAUUCACCUCACACCUCCAGGGUUGGGGGUUCGAUUCCUGCCUCCGCCUUGUGUGUGUGGAGUUUGCAUGUUCUCCCCGUGCCUCGGGGGUUUCCUCCGGGUACUCCGGUUUCCUCCCCCUGUCCAAAGACAUGCAUGGUAGGUUGAUUGGCAUCUCUGGAAAAUUGUCCGUAGUGUGUGAUUGUGUGAGUGAAUGAGAGUGUGUGUGUGCCCUGUGAUGGGUUGGCACUCCGUCCAGGGUGUAUCCUGCCUUGAUGCCCGAUGACGCCUGAGAUAGGCACAGGCUCCCCGUGACCCGAGGUAGUUCAGAUAAGCGGUAGAAAAUGAGGGAGUGAGAGAGAAUGUUUAGAGUGUCAUUUGUAUACUCAGAAAUUACAAGUCUAUAGAGUUGUGUCAUAUACAUGAACUCAAGAACAACAUAACUAGACAGAAAAUAGAAAAUUUUCUAAAUCAGGUUGCUAGGCAAUUUGCAUCUUGCUCAUACACAAUUGCUGCAUAUGAUACAGACGCUUCAGACUGUAUAUUUUUGGCUCUGAUGUGCCAUCUAGUGAAUCCCCAGAUAUUCACAACAUAUAAAGAUGAACUAUUUCAUAUCAUAUUAUGGCUUCUAGGUAAAAGUACAAAAUGUGUACACAAAGGUAUUACUCCAAUUUAUCAGAAUGUAUAAGAAUGUAUAAUAAUGUGUAGAACCUCUCCUGAAUGUUUAACACUCCACUUUUUGGUAAAUAAAAGUGUAAAGACAAA